GAGAUGGAUAGGCAAAGCAUGAUUCUCUCUUCUGGGGUUCCUUGUAGAAAGAAGGAGGCAGGCGAGGAGGCAGCGGGGGCUCCCUGGGUGCUUCCCUGCCUCCCCCUUUCAGCUGAUGCACCCGGGAAAAGACCUUAUGAACCAACUAUUGUCUUGUAGUCCUCAACCUGAGACAGCCAGGUGGCAUGGGGAUCCUUAACUCCAAAACCUCCUUCUUGGCUUUCCACCUGGGCCUCAUUGCUGGGUUCCUCAGCACCUUCUACCUCGUGGGCAACCUAAUCUGGGAAAAGGCCUCGGGCCCUGACACCCAGCCACCUCAUGCUUCCAAGGAUCCCCAGUGGAUUGUGGAAAGAUCUGCUCUCUUCAGUGUUUCACACCCACAUCUGGCAGAUGAGGAGAGCAGUGUGGCAGAUAUGCUGUACAACAAGGUCCGGAUCCUGUGUUGGGUGAUGACAGGCCCCAAAAAUCUGGAGACCAAGGCCCGCCAUGUCAAAGCCACCUGGUCCCGUCACUGCAACAUUGUGCUUUUCAUGAGCUCAGAAAAAGAUGACAAAUUCCCCACUGUUGGUCUGGACACCAAGGAAGGCCGCGACCAGCUCUACUGGAAGACCAUUCGGGCUUUCCAUUAUGUGCACCAGCACCACCUAGAACAGGCAGACUGGUUCCUCAAAGCAGAUGAUGACACCUUUGUGGUGGUGGACAACCUCCGGUGGCUGCUCUCCAACUACACCCCUGAUAGACCCAUCUAUUUUGGAAAGCGCUUCCGGCCUUUUGCUAAACAAGGCUACAUGAGUGGAGGGGCUGGCUAUGUUCUCAGCAAAGAGGCUCUGCAGCGCUUUGUGGCUGGAUUUGAAUCCAAGGUGUGCAGCCACACUACCUCGGUGGAGGACCUUGCUCUGGGACAGUGCAUGGAGAAGAUGGGUGUGGAGGCCGGGGACUCUCGGGACUCUGAGGGGCGGGAGACCUUCCAUCCUUUUGUGCCAGAAUCCCAUUUGACAGAUAAGUUCUCCAAAAGCUUUUGGUACUGGAACUAUUGCUACUACCCUAUUGUGGAGGGUCCCCAGUGCUGCUCUGAUCUGGCUGUCUCCUUCCACUAUGUGAACCCAGAGCUGAUGUACACGCUGGAAUAUUUGACAUACCACCUGCGUGCCUAUGGUUACCGCUACCGCUACCAUCCACCUCUGUCGGAGAAUGCAGCUCACCUCAAGCCCCACCCAGCAAGAAAGGCCCCAGAGAGGGCCAACACCACCAUCCUGCAGGUGGAGAAGAAGUUGUAGCGAUGGACAUUUGGCACAUGACUCUUAAGAUUCAGUUCAGCCACCAUGUGCUACCUGUACCAUACCAGUGCCUCAAUUCCAGUGCUCCUUAAAAGGCAGCCCACUCCCAGAUAUGGAGGGGAACAAGGAGUUGAAUGGGGAAAAGCGGGGACUUAGAGCUCUGCUGGUAAUAGAUACCUACUGGAAAGUGACUUGCACAUGACCAUACGAUCAUCACACAAAUGACUGUAGACUGAGGAAGUAGAAAUGCCAGUCACCUGCAUUUUGCCACAGAAGGGGGAAUAGGUAGAAUCCUGGCUAGACAUAUAGGUAUCAUUGCAGUGGGAAAGUCAUAGAGCCUCCACUCCAAGGAAGAAAGGAGGAACACAGAUUAGUUGUAACCUUUCAACCCGGGUUGGCUUUACAAGAUGAGAGAGGCAGUGUGAUGUAGUGGUUUGAGUGUUGGGAUUGUGACUCUGGAGACCAGGAUUUGAGUGCUCAAAUGACCGUGGAAGCCACUGGAAGAUCUUGGCAAGCCACACUCUCUCAGCCUUAAAGGGAAGGGAAGGGAAAAUUUCCUCCGAACAAAUCUUGCCAAGGAAACCCUGUGAUAAGUUUGUCUUAGGGUCAAAAUAAGUCAGAAAUGUCUUCAAGGCACACAGCAGCAACAAGAGUAAUUACAAAAUGAAUUGCCUUGUGGAAUGGGCUAUUGCCACUUUUUCCCUGCAUUCAUUGCUGUAGUUCCGUGGUGCUUUUUGUUAAGCUAUCUGUCUUUUUCAUAAUUGGGUCUCGUGAUAUUCCAGGUGGAAGAUGCCUAAGCAAUCCACAGAGUGGACCUGCAGUCAGUAUCUCUCUCUUUGUUGUAAGACUACAUCUCCAGUCAGCCCUCACAAAGGAAGGUGGAAGUUGCAAUUUAACAGUAUCAGAGAGCUACAAGUUGUUUAUAAUUGCUUUAGAUGGCUGGUUGUCAGUUGCUGGAAUGGAAUCCACAAGUAACAGUGGGUGCAUAUUAUCCAGCUCAAUUCAGAAUUAGCACCAGCAAACAAAGCCACGUUGCUAUUUUGAAAUUUAGUUCCCCCUCCCCCCACCUUUUUCUGCUGCCUGGAACUGGAAACAUGGCAAUAUCCAAAUGACUCCUGGAAUCAAAGGUUGCACAUUUUUCUCCCUCUAUCCUUGCUGUCUUUCACACUAGGGAAAUGUAGGGUUUUUUUUUUUUUAAUGUUCAAGGCAUUUGAGCUUGGAAACUAUGCACAUUCCAGUGGGUGUAUAAGUUCUAAGGUUCCUACUAUUUCAGCUAUAGUUUUGGCCACUAAUCCUCUCUCAUACUACUUUUCAAUGGUUUUUUAAACGUCCCAAGCCCCAUCUACUCUGCCAUAUUAUGCCAUUUCAGAAUGCAGUUUGACUACAUUGAACUGUAUUAAAUGGUAGUGUAUAUAAACAAGGCUCCUUCCACACAGCUGAAUCAAAUCCCACAUUUUCUGCUUUGAACUGGAAUAUAUGGCAAUAUCUACUCAGAUAACCCAGUUCGAAGCAGAUAUUGUGGGAUUUUCUGCUUUGAUAUUCUGUGUUUUAUGGCUGUGUGGAAGGACCCCAAGUUCAAUGCAGUUCUGAACCUGCAUUAUAUGGUGGUAUGGAUGGGGCCACAGUUUUUUUCCUCUCCCUUUGUCCCCAACUUACUUCAACUGCUGCAAACUGAGUUCAAAGUGCAAAAGUAGGAAGAGGAGGAGACGAAGCAAAAUCUUUCUCUGUAAACUCAAGCCAGAGCAAACAGCUAGGUACACCUUUUAGCUUAAGUGUUCUUCCUCAUUAAUACAUUUAGUCAACUUGACCUCACUCUGAUGUUGCUGGGCCACAUUUACCCCAAUUACCAUCCGUGAACUGAGUGGAGAAGUUUAGAUUUGCAGCAGCUCCGGUUAGAUGCUGAGUCAAGGACUCUCUUCAUAAUAAAAGUCAACAACAUAGACAGAAGUAGCACAUUAUGGAACAGCAAGAAUGAAGAUCAGCAUCUUCACAGAAACAUCUCAUCCCAAAGUUACAUCCUGGUCCUCUGAUUUGACUUUUUUUUCUUAUGGAAAAAGUAGAAAAGAGGGAAAGAAUUGGAUCUCUUCUUGAACUUAUAGUAGGACUCUGAAAAGGUUGCGGAUCUCCACAUGGGUCUCCAUCCAUGGGAAUUAAGAUGCUGUUAUAUAAUAGGAAUCUUGUCAUUAGGAAAUGGUUUUUCCUGCCAAAGUUUAUGGUUUUUCUCAGAAUAACCUGUGAUAGGGCCAAUUUAAGGCACAUACCAACAUGAACAGACCAAUUGAGAUCAGAGAUAGGCAUAACGGACAUGCUCAGUUUAAUACAGUUAUCCUUUGAUGGAUGCACUCUUGAGAAAUGAGUCUCCAGCUCAAUGUUCUCUGCCAUAUAAUCUAGUUCAAAACAGAUAGUCUGGAUUCAGAAACCAGAUUGUAAGGCAGUGUAGAUGGAGCCUCCAUUGAAAUAAAUGUGAUGUAUUUGGCAGUCUUUCUGAUACUCUUGCCUGUGUAGCAAGAAACUAGACAGCUGGUUGCUGAGCUGUUAUGUUUCUACUCUAAGAUUAGUUCUUUGGUAUACCUGGCACUGAGUUUUCUUAGCCCCCUGAUAUUUCCUUCUUUAAAGAGAGACAUAUCAGGACCUUAAACAUCUGGAUUUUCUCUGCACUGUGCCUUUUUGACCUAAUGCCUUGGAGACUUGGGGGAUGUCAUUUAUUUAGAGUACCUCAUGUUCCUUCCUUCAGUGGAGGAUGACUUCCACUGGGACAUACUUCCAGUUUUGCAUGGACAACAGUUGCUUCUAUGGAAAUGAAUGGGAAAUGGCAGUUAUGGUGGUGUCAUAUGGAGGAAUUAAGAGCAGGAGGAAAGGGGACUGGAUUGGUACUUCAUGUUUUCUUACAGCUAAUGAUCAUAUUUUUCAAACAAAUGAUGACAAAGUUGAUGAUUGCCAACAUAUGUCCUUUAUAGUCCUAUGAAAGGUAAAGGUAAAAGUUUCCCCUUGAUAUUAGGUCUAGUCUUGUCUGACUCUGGGGUUUGGUGCUCAUCUCCAUUUCUAUAUAUAAUAUAAAACUUUAUUUAUAUACCGCUCUUAUCUUCUCGAGGUGGACUCAGGGCAGUUUCCAUGAAACAUACAAAGUAAACAGCAUAAUAUAAAAUUAACAAAACAACAUAAGCAUAAAAUUAUGACAGUAACACAUGUAUAGGAAAGUUCUGAGAGUGCCUUGGGCUGCGAGAAGAUCCAACCAGUCCAUACUUCAGGAAAUAAAGCCCGACCGCUUAUUCGAGGGAAGGAUAUUAGAGAAAAACUUGAAGUACUUUGGCCAAAUCAUGAGGAGACAGGAAAGCUUAGAGAAGACAAUGAUGCUGGGGAAAAAAUGGAAGGAAAAAGGAAGAGGGGUCGACCAAGGGCAAGAUGGAUGGAUGGCAUCCUUGAAGUGACUGGCUUGACUCUGAAGGAGCUGGGGGUGGUGACGGCCGACAGGGAGGUCUGGUAUGGGCUGGUCCAUGAGGUCACAAAGAGUCAGAAAUGACUGAACGAAUGAACAGCAAGAACAAAUUAGAGGGAUGACUGGGGUAAUAGGUAAGAAGUGCAAGGCCAUAUUCAACAAUAUUUUGGCCUGGACUAGAACUGGUCAUUUCUAAGCUGAAGAGCCAGCAUUGUCCAAAGACACCUUCAAGGUCAUGUGGCCCCAGAUUUGAACCACCAACCUUUUGGUCAGCAAGUUCAGCAGAUCAGCAGUUUAACCUACUGUGCCAUGGGGGGGGGGGGUCCACAAAAGGGUCAGUAGAGCAUUCAUUUCCCCUCCAUUCUUGACAGAUGGGUGCCAGAACACACACAAAGACAUCCCAGCCAAGCUCGUCAACUAUCUAGAUUUGAAGCAUUACAGGAUGUUUUGAGGAGUAAAAUUAUUUGUGCAAAAAUAUUGGUUCAGCAGUUAUGAUCCCACUCUGGUGUCCUCCCAAAGGUCAUGUAAAUUGGGGCACUGGGAAAUGACAUCCGCAGUAUGCUCUUAUGUAUGCAGACACUUCUCAUCGAGGGGGAGAGGAAAAACUUGAAAUUCUUUAUUGUGGUAUGUAAGAGUAACACAAGUGAAGAGUUAUGUCCCUAUUGAUCAUUGUGUUUUUCUGGAAUUGAAUGCUAACAUUCAGUAUUUGUUGUAAAUACAUUUUUUUUCAAACAUGACUUGAUAAAAAAUGUUGAUCUCAAAAA